UUCAAGCUUUCAACCUUCUUUUAUUCAAUCACCAAGAUCACACGUUCUCCUUUAGGUUUAGUAAAAAGUUUGUAACUUUGGUGGAAAAAUGAGCCCUAAAAUGUUUCUUGAUGGUGAUCAGAAACAACAGGCGAAAAGGGGAGCCGCAAUCAAUGGUCCGCGACCAACGCCAUUAAAACUCAAACAAGAAUCUCACACCAUUCACAAACGCCAUCAACAGCAGCCGCAGAUGACCAGAAAGCCCAUAAUAAUCUACAUGCGAUCUCCGAAAGUAAUACACACCAAACCACAUGAUUUCAUGGCUCUUGUUCAAAAGCUCACAGGUAAAUCUAGCUCCAAACCUCACGAACAACAGAAGAACAAAACCCUAGAUAAUGGGUAUGGUCAGAAUGGCUUUUGCAAUGAUUUUGGUGUUGAAGAUGAGAGAAAUAAUGUUAUGAAAUCAAAGAGUCCCAUGUUUAAUACGCCUUCGAAUCUGUUUGGAUCUGAUAUGCCGCUUUUUACGCCUAAUAGUAGUGAUUACUUCUUCUCACCUCGAAGUUUAAUGAAGUUAUCAUCAUCGUCUCCAAACAAGACCACUAAUUCAUUGUCACCAGGUUCAUUAGUCGAGUUCAUGAAAAGGCUUCCUGAAUAUUGAUCAAGAAUUCAUUCACAUUAACAUCUAUAUUAUAUGAUCUAUGUCCCCAUUAGGGUUGGAUCCGUAGGGUAAUAAUCUGCCUAUGACAAUAUGUAAUUUAUUAUUUAAUUUGUUCUAUUGUUAGUGUAUUAUUUGGUUAUAUUAAGGAUUCUUGAUGGAAUAAUUAAUAUGUAUGAUGUCGAAAAAAUCUAACAUCUAACAUGUCGUAACUUGUGAGCUUUUAU